CCAAAGAGCACACGCAGUUUGGCGUCAUUGGUCCUUUGACAGUUCAAAGGAUCCUCCUCCUUCCUCAUCGCACUCCGCGGACUUUUUUUUUAAUUGCAAUAUCUCUCUCUCGCUCGAUCUUUGCCGUACUGGUGAACUUCCCAAAGUUCUCGAUCGCCAUGGGAGAAACCGCCCCUACUCCUCCUCCUCCUCGCCGCAUUUCCGUCCACCAGCUCCUCGGCGGCGGCUCAGUGGCCGAUGUUCUGUUGUGGCGGAGAUGGGGCGCGAGCUUGACGUUGUUAGUGGUUUCGUCGACCUCGUGGUAUCUAUUCGAGCGAGCUGGAUACAAUCUGCUGACGUUCGUGGCGAAUGUGUUGUUCCUCCUCGUUCUGAUACUCUUCCUGUGGGCGAAAUCUGCUUCUCUUCUCAAUCGGCCACUGCCGCCAAUUCCUGAUCUCGAAAUAACCGAGGAGACUGUUGACAAAGUUUCUCGAGUUGUUCAAGUUUAUGUGAACCAUAUAUUGGCAGUUGGAUGUGAAAUUGCAAUUGGCAGGAAUUUGAAAGUCUUCUUACAGGUCGCUUUUGUCUCAUGGAUCGUGUCCUAUGUUGGUAGCCUCUGCAGUUUUCUUACUUUUGCUUAUGUUGGGAUUCUUCUCUGUCUUUCAAUCCCAGUCCUGUAUGACAAAUACCAGCACCAGAUUGAUGAAAAGUUGGUUGUACCACAGAGAAUCCUUGAAGCUCAGCUAAGAAAAAUUGAUGAUACCCUUCUGAAGAAGCUUCCACUGCCAUCACACAAGGAAAAGAAGGUUCAAUAGGUAGCUAGAGGUUUUGAACGCAGUUGCUGGCUCUUCUGAGUUUGGGAAUGUCUUCGUGCUAGUUUUUGGGAAAGGUCAAAUAGCUAUAGGGGAUGCAUAGUUUCUAUGUUGCUUAUUCCUGUUUGCCUUUCCCUCCAUCUUCCACCAGAAUCUGACUGUUAGAUCUCCAAUUCUUGUUCAUUCAUGUAGUUCGAUGGCUCGAGUAUCUUUUCCACCACCGGAGUGCAUUGAUGGCUUUGAGAGGGAAGAUGGAAAAUAGUUGCCUUGGUUUUUUAAGUUGUGGCAUUAGGCAGAGUGAGGUCCCAGUUUGUACAUGAUCCAUUUUCUUUGGCAAAUGAGUUUGCUUAUAGUACUCAAACUUUGUAAUGUCAAGAUCUCGGUAUUUCUUUCACAGUUGAUCUGCUGGCGAUAGCUUCUGUUUGUUGUUGUACGAAUCUCCGUCAUUUGCUUGAAACAGGUAAUAGAAUAGAACUCGAUUGGAUUGGUUGUGUUCUUGAUAGAAGCCCGCGAGGCGGGUAGGGUGGGUUGGGGCCGGCCGUGUGGGCCCGGGUUGAGUAGCAGUUAGGUUAUUUUUGUUAGUUUGCUGAAACUCAUUAAAGAGGGCUUAGUACGUUCAUUUUGGAAGAAAGCAAUAAUAAUAUCAAAAUCUCUAAAUCCCU